UGUGAUUGUGUUUUAGGAAAGACCCAGUUUUAUGUUCGCCGUGUUUCUGUCUGCAGAUCCUGAUAGAGUUCUGUGGCGGCGGAGCCGUCGAUGCUGUCAUGCUCGAGCUGGAAAGGCCUCUGACGGAGCCGCAGAUCAGGGUGGUUUGUAAGCAGACUCUGGAUGCUCUGCAGUAUCUGCAUGACGGCAAGGUGAUCCACAGAGACCUUAAGGCUGGAAACAUCCUGCUGACACUCGACGGAGACGUCAAACUGGCGGACUUUGGAGUGUCUGCCAAGAACACAAAGACCAUCCAGCGAAGAGACUCUUUCAUUGGAACGCCUUACUGGAAAGACCCAGUUUUAUGUUCGCCGUGUUUCUGUCUGCAGAUCCUGAUAGAGUUCUGUGGCGGCGGAGCCGUCGAUGCUGUCAUGCUCGAGCUGGAAAGGCCUCUGACGGAGCCGCAGAUCAGGGUGGUUUGUAAGCAGACUCUGGAUGCUCUGCAGUAUCUGCAUGACGGCAAGGUGAUCCACAGAGACCUUAAGGCUGGAAACAUCCUGCUGACACUCGACGGAGACGUCAAACUGGCGGACUUUGGAGUGUCUGCCAAGAACACAAAGACCAUCCAGCGAAGAGACUCUUUCAUUGGAACGCCUUACUGGAUGGCCCCAGAGGUUGUAAUGUGCGAGACGUUUAAGGACAGGCCGUAUGACUAUAAGGCUGAUAUUUGGUCUCUAGGAGUCACUCUGAUCGAGCUGGCCCAGAUCGAACCGCCCAACCAUGAGAUGAACCCAAUGAGAGUUCUGCUCAAGAUCGCCAAAGCUGACCCACCGACUCUCCAGCAGCCUUCAAAAUGGUCUCCUGAGUUUAAUGACUUCCUGAAACACUCGCUGGAUAAGAAUGUGGACAACAGGUGGAGCACAGCACAACUACUUCAGCACCCCUUUGUAAGUAGUGUGACUGACAACCGACCCCUGCGGGAGCUCAUCGCAGAGGCCAAGGCGGAGGUCACAGAGGAGAUAGAGGAGCUGAAGGAGGAAGAGGAGGAAGAAGAUCAUGAAGGAAACCUGCUGCUUCCUGGACACAAACGUGCACCAUCUGACGCUAGCGUUGGAAGCUCUGAAGACGAGAAGCUUCCUCAGUCGCCGUCCACCUUGGAGUCUGUUCCUGAGAAGAUCGAGGAGGUGGCUACACCCAGACUGCCAGAUGGUCAAGUUAUAACUGGAAUAAAGGCGGAACAAGAACCUCUGAAGGUAGACGAGAACCACAUCGCGGAUGUAGAAGAACCUGGAUCCAAGGAACAACCUGUGAACGUAUCUCCAAAGGAAUCUCAAGAACCUGAAGCUGGAGAGAAGCCUGUAGAACCAGAAACUCCUGCUGUCUCAAGAGUACAAUCGGAGGAGCAAAAAGUAAAACCUGAGGGAUGGAAACUGGAAGAGGAAAAGGAGGUGGUGGGCAAUGGUGAACUCAUAAAGGAAGCGUCUGCAUCAGACAUUUCUUCAUUGGAGACACGAACAGGACCUGUUAAACAAGCUGUGCCUGAUAAACCUAUUCCAACAUCUCCAUUGAAAGAAGAAGAGAGCGUUGAGGAAAAGGAGAAACUUGAACUGGAAGAGAAGCAAAGCCCAGUGAAACCCAGGUAUGUGAAGAAGGAGGACUCCGACUCUGGGAUCAGUUCUUCAGCUGACAACAGCAGCAUAGACCUGAACUUAUCUAUCUCCAGCUUUAUUAGCAAAUCCAAGGAGCCAGGAACCAUUUCUCAGCAGGACAACAAGAGGCAGAAGAAGACUCUGAAAAAGACUCGCAAGUUCAUGGUGGAUGGGGUAGAAGUCAGUGUAACAACGUCCAAGAUCCUCACAGACAAUGACAUCAAAAACGAGGAGAUGAGAUUCCUCCGGCGUCAGGAGCUGAGGGAGUUGAGACUUCUGCAGAAAGAAGAGCAGCGAGCCCAACAGCAGCUCAGUAACAAACUCCAGCAGCAGAGAGAGCAGAUCUACAGACGCUUCGAACAGGAAGUCACGAGUAAGAAGCGUCAGUAUGAUACGGAGGUGGAGAAUAUGGAACGGCAGCAGAAACAGACCAUUGAGCGUCUGGAGCAGGAACACACCGAGCGUCUCCGAGACGAGGCCAAACGCAUCAAAGCCGAGCAGGACAAAGAGCUUUCCAAGUUUCAGAGCUCGCUCAAGAACCGCAAGAAAGAGGAGCAGGAGUUUCUUCAGAAGCAGCAGCAGGAUCUGGACAGCGCUCUGAAGAAGAUCAUUCAGCAGCACAAACAUGAGCUGGCCACUAUAGAGAGAGACUGUCUCAACAACAAGCAGCAGCUCCUGAGAGCCAGAGAAGCCGCUAUGUGGGAGCUAGAAGAGCGUCACCUACAGGAAAAACACCAGCUACACAAACAGCAGCUGAAAGACCAGUACUUCAUGCAAAGACACCAGCUGCUCAAAAGACAUGAGAAGGAAAUGGAGCAGAUGCAGAGGUAUAACCAGCGUCUGAUAGAGGAGAUGAAGAACAAACAGACGCAGGAGAGAACCAGGCUGCCUAAGAUCCAGCGCAGUGAUGCUAAGACCCGCAUGGCCAUGUUCAAAAAGAGUCUGCGCAUCACGACCACAGGGGUCACACCGGAACUGGAACGUGAGAGAGUCAAACAGUUUGCGGCACAGGAGGAGAAGAGACAAAAGAACGAGCGUGUCCAUCAACACCAGAAACAUGAGACUCAGAUGAGAGAUCUGCAGACGCAGUGCGACGCCAACGUCAGAGAACUACAGCAGCUGCAGAAUGAGAAGUGCCAUCUGUUGAUCGAGCAUGAGACUCAGAAGCUGAAGGAGCUGGAUGAGGAGCACAGCGCAGAGCUCAAGGACUGGAGAGACAAACUCCGACCCCGCAAGAAGGCCCUUGAGGAAGAGUUCGCCCGUAAGCUACAGGAACAGGAAAUGUUCUUCAAAAUGAGCGGGGAGUCUGCAUGCCUUAACCCCUCCACCCAGAGCCGGAUCUCAAAGUUCUACCCCGUCCCGAGUGUCCAGUCCACUGGGUUUUAAUGCACACAUUCACGCUAAAAGCACAGACAUGCUAAACUGCAUUGUGACUGAACUUCUGCUGCCUUGUUCCCUCUGAUCGCUGAUGUCAGUCAGAAGGAAGGAGGGACUUCAUAGUUCCAGUAAACUCCAGAGAAGUUUUUUUGCUUUUGUUUUUAUUUUAUUAUUCUUUUUUAACUUUAAAGGAGGAUUUUCGGUGUGGUUUCCCUAAACCAGGGGUGCCCAAACUCGGUCCUGGAGGGCCGGUGUCCUGCAGAGUUUAGCUCCAACC